ACAUUGCCAGAUAACGCAUAUAAAAGCCACAACAGCUACUUUUGAAGUUACUAGUUGAAUUACCUUGUCUGAAAUACUACUGUCAUUGAUCAUCAGUAUCUGGUGUUUUACUUGGAUAACAACGAUGCUUUGCAAAAUAUUUUUACUUGCUUUAUUCGUUGCAUUGGUAGUGGCGCAAGACCCGGAACCAGAAAACCCCAAGAAUAGGGCUCCGAACCCGAACGAAACUGCCGAAGAAGCAUGGCCAAAGUACAAGAAAGAUCAUGAUAGGUCGUACGAUGCUGAAGAAGACGCCAAGAGAUUCGCUGUAUUUAAGAAAAAAUACGAUCAGAUCGUAGAACACAACAAAAGACACGAAGCUGGUGAAGUAACAUGGACGGCGGGCUUGAAUCAGUUUACUGAUAGAUUCCCCGAAGAACUUGAACAUCUUAAUGGACUUAAACGUCCAGAGGGAGCAUCACGGUAAAUUUACUACUAAAUUGGUUAAAUAAAUGGUGUUGUAUCAGCAUAAAUUGUUGCCGAAAGUUUUAUGAGUAUUCAAUAAAAUUCUUUUAAUUGACCAAAA